UCACAUGCUGGACAAGGAUCACGUGGAGAGGCGGGGAGUCAGCGCUGCAGAGCCCAGGUGGCACCGUGUGCUGGUCUGGGAGCUCCUGCCCAUGGCAUCCGUGAGCCAGCAGCAGAUCCAGCAGUUCCACAAGGAUGGUUUCCUUGUCCUGGAGCAGUUUUUCAGCGCAGAGGAGUGUGACAGCAUGAGGAGGCAGAUCCAGAGGAUCGUGGAGGAGAUGGAGGUGCCCCCUCACUGCCGCACCGCCUUCUCCACCCGGGAGGAGGAGCAGCUCCGGGAGCAGGGCAGCUCGGAUUAUUUCCUCACCAGUGGAGACAAGAUUAGAUUCUUCUUUGAGAAAGGUGUUUUGGAUGAGAAAGGUAACUUUCUAAUUCCAAAGGAGAGGUCCGUCAGCAAGAUUGGCCAUGCUCUACAUGCUUAUGAUCCUGUCUUCAAGCAAAUCACCCACUCCCCCAAGGUGCAGGAACUGGGCAGAAAACUAGGCCUUGAGAGACCAGUAGUUGUGCAGAGCAUGUAUAUCUUCAAGCAACCUGGCAUUGGUGGUGAAGUGACACCACACCAGGACGCCACCUUCCUGCACACAGAGCCCCUGGGCAGGGUCCUGGGGUUCUGGAUUGCCCUGGAAGAUGCCACUCAGGAGAAUGGCUGCUUGUGGUUCAUCCCUGGCUCUCACAAAAAUGGGAUUAGCAGGAGGAUGGUCCGUGCAGCUUCAGGUGCCUCAACGUGUGUGGAGUUUGUAGGCUCAGAGCCAGCCUAUGAUGACAAACAGUUCCUACCUCUGCCCAUAAGGAAAGGUGGGCUCAUCCUCAUCCAUGGCGAGGUUGUCCAUAAGAGUGAACUCAACAGCUCGGAGUCCUCUCGCCACGCGUUCACCUUCCACGUGAUGGAAGCCAAGGGCACCACCUGGAGCAAGGAGAACUGGCUCCAGCCAACUCCUGAACUGCCUUUUCCAUCACUCUACACUUGAAGUUGGUGACUGGCUUGUGGAGUCAAUAGCUGAUCAAUAUUCCUGAUUGUUCAUUCACGGUCUCUGUAAAAACAACCUUCAUUAGAUCAGCUCUCAAUGUUAAUUUAUCCUCCUCCUCAAAACCAGGACCAUUAUCACAGCCCAAAACUGCACAGACAGAAGCUUCUACUGCAGCAGGAGCCCUGCCAGUGUGAGAGUGCUCACCCAGUUCUUUUGGUAAGGAAACACCUUCAGUCUUGAGAACAAACCAGUUAAGACCAUUGCACCUUGACUGGGACCACUUACCAAAUAUUUCUCCUUGCAGAUACUCAGUAUUUUCUUGUGUUUAAGAGCUUAAGUGCAUUUCUUGCCUGGUUGACUCCAGCAAUGCAGGUGAACAUGUUGUGGGGAGAAGUUUGAUUUUUCACCCCUAGUUUUCUGUCUUAUUGUUGGAAUAACAUUGAUUUAAAACAAUUUUGUUGUGGGUGAAAUGAAGCAAGAGGUGUGCUUUUUAUAGUCAGUCUUCUAAAUUAUCCUGGCAGACAGUAGCUGAGUGUUUUGUCACUGAGUGUGAUUAAAAAUACAACAAUUUUUAAAGAUUCAUGUUGAAAUGAUGGAAACAAAGAACCUCAAUCAAACUCUUUACACUUAAAUAAAAAGAUAAAAAAUCUUCUUUUCAUCUCCAUCAUCUUUUCUUUGAGGAAGACCCAGUGUCUCCUUCCAACUGAUGGGGACAGUGCUAAAUUGUCUGGUGAGCAGCUGGAAUUCUCAGUAUGCACAAGAAUAACUUCUAUCCCCAAAACCUCACCAAACCCAAACCAACUUAUAGCAAGGAAUGUUUGGAAAUGCAAGCUACAUCCCAGUCUGUACCUGAACUGAGCAGAAGCUGUGUAGGUGUGAUUUCACCAGCACUGGUGCAGUGGCAGCCCUGAGGCAGGAGCCCAGUGUCACCAGUGCAGGGAUUAUAUCAGAGAAACCCUAAGGCUGCUGAGGGUACAGUGAACCCAAAUCUUACUGACUCAUCCCUUUCAAAAGUAAAUUGGGGAGCUGGGUCAUGGCAACAGCAGGAGCACUGAAUGCAAAGUUUCUGCAUUCAAAUCUACCUUUCCUAGUUUGUUUGAAAGUUGGAAGCAGGGUGGAAGGAAAGUAAAUUUCUCUACCUCUGGUGUAAUUUAUGACAUCAGUGGUGAAGGCUGUGGCUUGUGACAGAAGCAACUCAAGUUUUGUUUGUGUCUUUCCAUGAGAGGAGUUAAUAAUUUAGAAUUCUGCUGAGGAGGGAUAAUUUGUACUGACUUGCACCACUACCUGCAGUGUGCAAAACCAUCUACUUCAAGUGCAUAAAUAAAAAAAAAUCUGGAUUGAUUGGCAGCAUUUCCUGUUAAAUGUGAAGGAAACAGCCUAGCAGUUACUGAGUUGAGUUUCCUACAGAAUAUCUGACAAUUUACUGUGUUUGUAACCAGCUGUGGCACCCUCAGGAAAAGCAGCACCAAAUCCCAGGAGCCUUUCCCAGGCAGGAGGAUGAAUUGGGCAAUGCUGCUUCUCAGCUAUUCCAGUCCUGGCUUGUUGCAGGGACACAGAAAGUUGGAUCCUGGAGCCAAUUCUGCUGACUCAGGCACUGGUUUCACCCCUCCCCUGGUCUUAUGCUCCCUCCCAACAUCUCAGAGAGCUACAGGCCUGCAGGACAAUGUUGUGAAAGGUACCUUGGACUUCCCCCAGACUGUUCCCAAAAGUGAAUUAAAAAAGGGUCAGAAGUGAACUUCAUGAUGCAAACUAGAAGCCUGGGAUGACAAACUCCUGCUUGGACACAUCCCUGGAGACAAGAAGGACACUUGGGUUUUGUUCUAAUGGACACAGGGCAAACCAGUGAGAAGAGAAUGUUGAUACAGAAGGGUUUCAUACAUAGAAAUGAAGUGGGGUGUUUUUUGGCCACAAAAUAGUAGCUAUAAUUCUAAUUAAAUGGAUGGAAUUCAGUAGCUUU